AUGCCUUCUGAUGAAGCAAUAUUAGCCAUGGUUUUUGAUACCUUGGAAGGAGCUGAAUUGUUUUACAAUGCUUAUGCAAAAAAAAUUGGUUUUAGCAUUCGCAAACGAGAUUCGCGACAGUCACGUAGUGGACAAAUGCUAAUGCAGAAAUGGGUGUGCUCAAAGGAGGGCUAUCGUCAGCAAAAAUGGAUAAACUAUGCUGCUCGUAUACGCAAGCCUCGGCGAUUGACUAGGGGAGGUUGUGAAGCGAUGAUUCGUGUAAAUCUGGAUCGCGACACUGGAAAAUGGGUUGUCAAGUCACUUGUAUCGGCUCACAAUCAUAAGUUGGUGCCAUCCAAGUAUGUACAUCUUCUGCGUUCCCAUCGUGAAAUCAAAGAAGGUGAUGAAGCUUUGAUUGAGUCGUUGAGUACAGUUGGAGUAAGUACACGACAUAUUACUGAGAUUUGCAAGGAACAACAUGGAGGCUAUCAGAAUAUGGGUUUCAUUCCGAAAGAUGUGGAGAAUAAAGUCCAAGCCAUUCGAAAGAACAAGAUUAAAGGUGGUGAUGCAAAUACUACCAUCGGAUACUUCGAGGGAAGGGGACAAGCAGAUUCAAGCUUUAGUUUCGACUAUACGUUGAAAGAGGGUAAUAAACUUGGUAACUUGUUUUGGGCAGAUUCGACUUCUAGAUCUGACUAUGCAUUGUUUGGAGAUGUUUUAGCAUUUGAUGCUUGCUACCGGAGGCAAAAAUAUAACAAUCCAUUAGUCAUGCUCAUAGGAGUAAACCAUCAUCAUCAGACGGUGAUGUUCGGAUGUGCAUUUUUGAAAGAUGAGAAGAGUGAGAGUUACAUAUGGUUGUUGGAUACAUUUGUGAAGUGCAUGGGAGGUAAAAAGCCAGUGUCGGUCAUCACUGAUGGAGAUAAAGCGAUGCGCCAAGCCAUAUCUCAAGUGCUUCCUAAAGCUGCUCACCGUCUUUGUUCUUGGCACAUAGAUCGUAAUGCAGGGGAAUUGAAGCUGGGUUUGAUGUUUUUGCAAGGCCUUAAUAAGUUCAUGAAGAGCAGAAUAUCAGUUGAGGAAUUUGAAGAAAGCUGGCAGCAUUUAGUUACAGAAACAAAGUUGGACCAGCAUCCCUGGGUGAAAGGUUUAUAUGCAGAUCGUCAUAUGUGGUGUGAAGCUUAUUUGAAAGGAAAGUUCUUUGGAGGCAUGGCAACUACAUCUCGUUGCGAGGGAAUGAAUAGCACCAUUAACAAGUAUGUGGACAAGAAGUUGACAUUAUUUGAAUUUGUGAAAAGAUAUGAAAGAAUGGUUGAUAAGUUACGGUUUAAUGAGUCGAAGGAUGAUUUCAAAGCCUUCAAUUCAAAGUCCCUUUGCUCUCAUGUCCUACGUGGCUAUGAGAAGCAAGCUGAAGAGUUGUAUACUCCAACUAUGUUUAAACUUUUCAGGGAGGAACUUAAAGGCGAGACUAGCUAUCUAUUAUCCGAGCCUAUGAGGAAGGAAGGAGAAUUUGAGAUUUUCAAGCUCCAUCAAUGGUCAAAGUCUUCCCGGGUAAGAAUUGUGGAGUAUGAUACCAAAGAAGACAAGGUUAUAUGCUCCUGUUCACUGUUUGAGUCAAUGGGUAUACCAUGUCGGCAUAUUCUGAAUGUUAUUAAAUUAAGAGGAAUGCAUGCGAUUCCUCAGUCAUGCUUCAAAUUGCGGUGGACAAAGAAGGUGAAAGGUCUAGGUUCAACGGAUGCAGGUCCAAGUUUGUUAGACAAUAAGCUUGUCGAAACUAUGCGGCAUGGGGCAUUAGUUGCAAAGUCUUACAAAAUUUUUCAAAUGGCUUCGCAAUCAGGAGUGUGCUUCGAUAAAGCAUCAACAGAGCUUACGCGAUUGUCGAGUGGCAUUGAAAAACUCAUGAAUGAAAGCAUGCCUCCCCCUGUGAAAAUAAAAUAUGGGGAUGUGAGAGAUCCAGACAUAGUGAAGACAAAAGGGACAGCCUGUGUUGCCCCGAAUUCGAAGAAGCCUAGAAAAUGCUCUAAAUGUCGCCAACCUGAUCACAACAAAUCUAGAUGCCCGAGAGGUAUGUACAAGUUCUUUCUGAUCUUUGGUUGUCUAGGAGAGUGUAUAAUACUAAGUUUCCUCAUCUUAUUUUCUUGGCAGAGUAAUCAGGUGCGACCAUUUGACAUCUUCCUAUCUACUCCUCAUGUUUCGGCAUCUGGUAUCAUUGGUGCUGUGAUGACGGCCUCUCAUGGAGACAACUCGGUUGCAUCGGAAGUGGAUGAUUCGCAGAGCACUGCAGCAGGAUUCUCCUAUCGAUCUCAUGCCCUUAAAUCAGCAGUUCACGCUGACUUAUUUUCAUCUGUCUCUUUCAUGGCCCAGCAUGGGAGUUUCCAGAAGUGGUUCCUAGAUCUCACACGGUUCCAUGUCCGCCUCAAUUUUCCUUCUGGCCGCACAUUUCUUUCUGGUGCCACUCAAUUAGCACAUGAUUUUGUCAACUCUCAACAACCUACUAAUAAAGCACUCGAAGCCAUUUGCCCAAGUGCAACUGUUUCUCUUCAACAGCAGAUUGUCGGGCCGUUUAGUUUCAGAGUGGACUCUGGGGUUACUGUCGGGUUGAACAAGCAGACGAAUUGGUAUGCAGAUGCACAUGAUCCAGUAUUUGCGAUCGAGUAUGCGCUACAAGUCCUUGGUUCAGCUAAGGCAAUUGCGUGGUAUUCGCCCAAGCACCGAGAGUUCAUGGUGGAGCUUCGGUUUUUUGAGACAUAA